GAUUCAAAAGAAUAGGAAGAAAUGUUCUGAUUAUAUGUUAGUUAUCCUUCCCUAAAGGAAAGAUUAAUGAUGAAAACUUUUGUAGCUUAUUUGAUUUUAGUUUUGCAGAUUAGCAUUUAAAGAUGGUGCAAUGUAGUUUUAAGAAGAUUACCAUUGUACCCAAUGGGAAGGACUUCAUUGACAUUAUUCUUUCCCGCACACAACAGCACACACCAACGGUUGUCCAUAAGGGUUAUGUGAUUUCUCGCCUCAGGCAGUUUUACAUUUGUCAAGUGAAAUACACUCAGCAGAAUUUUCAUGAGAAGCUCUCAACUAGAAUUGAUGAGUUCCCUUGCUUAGAUGAUAUCCACCAUUCUACUGGAUCUUCUUCAUGUGCUUUACAACAAGGAUCACUACAAACUUAUGAAAGUCUCUGGAAGGCUGUGGCACUGGGACGCAUGUGUACAGUGAUGAAGAGGAUUAGCCCAAGUUUGGCCUACCUAGAGCAGAUUAGACAACACAUGGCAAGACUGCCUUCUAUUGACCGUAACACUUGGACAAUCUUGAUUUGUGGUUAUCCUAAUGUUGGCAGGAGCCCAUUUAUGAACAAAGUCACCAAGGCUGAUGGGGAUGUCCAGCCUUAUGCUUUCGCCACAAAGUCACUCUUUGUUGGUCAUACUGAUGAUAAGUAUCUUAGAUACCAGGUCAUUGAUACGCCUGGGAUCUUGGACAGGCCAUUUGAAGAUCAUAACAUUAUUCAGAUCAUUGCACAGCAGGUAGCUCUUUUCCACAGCAUUAAAUCUCUGUUUAUGAACAAACCCUUGAUUAUUGUCUGCAACAAGACAGAUCUGCAGCCACUAGAUGGGUUAUCUGAGGAAGAUAUGAAGUUGGUCUUGGAGAUGAAAGCAGAAGCCAUGAAGACUGUGAUGGGUCAUCAGGGUGGUUAUCCUGCUAAUGAAGAGGGAGUGCUGUCGCCUAUGAGCACUUUGACUGAGGAUGGAGUAAUUGGUGUGAAGAAUGCAGCUUGUGAGAGGUUAUUGGAUCGGGGGGUAGAACUGAAGAUGAAAUCUAAAAAGAUAAAUGACUGUCUUAAUAGGUUCCAUGUUGCAAUACCAAAUCCACGUCACCAGAAGGAAAGGCCUCCUUUCAUUCCUCAGGCAGUUUUGGAAGCUCAAUUGCAAGCAGCAGAGAAGGAGAAGAGGAAAACUGAAAAGGAUUUGGAGAAUGAGAAUGGUGGAGCUGGACUCUACUCUGCUAGUUUGAGGAAGAAUUAUAUGUUGGUCGAUGAUGAGUGGAAAGAAGAUAUAAUGCCUGAAAUUCUUGAUGGACACAAUGUGUAUGAAUUUGUUGAUCCUGAUAUUUUAUUAAGGCUUGAAGAGUUGGGACAAGAAGAGGGUCUUAGGCAAGCAGAGGAGGAAAAUGAAGACUUUGAGAUGGAUGACAAUGAUUUGAUUAAGAAAAGCACUGCAGAGAGUAGACCCAUUAUACCAAGAAAAUUUGAUAAGAACAGAGAGUUCACAACAGAGAGGAUGGGCAGGCAGUUAUCCCAAUUGGGCCUGGAUCCCUCUCUGGCAAUUAACUGUGCAUGGAGCAAGUCAAGAGGCCGGAAGAGGGAGAGAUCACUUGACAGGAGAGAUAGUGAUAUUGAGGCUAUGGAUGUGGAUGUUGACCAAUCAAGUAAAAAGCUAUGCUUGAGGUCAAGUUCCCGAUCAAGAUCUAAGUCACGGCCUCCUAGUGAAGUUGUACCAGGUGAGGGAUUCAAGGAUACUAAACAGAAGGUCAAGGCACUUAAACUGGCAAAGAAAUCUGUUAAGAAGAGGAACAAGGAUGCCCGUAGAGAAGAGGCAGAUAGGGUGCUCCCUACAUUGAAACCCAAGCAUUUGUCCUCUGGGAAACGUUCUAUUGGCAAGACUCAAAGACGUUGUUCCACUUGUGGUAUUUCAUUUCACAAGAUGCCUUCAUAACAAGUCUGUUGUGUGUUGAUCCUUCUUAUUGUCAGGUUUCUUGUUUGGUAUGAGUUGUAAUCUUUAUAUAUCUGAUAACAUUUUCCUGAUUUUAUUUUCCUGCAGAUGUGUUUCUCAUAUAUUCGUCUGAUGAACUCAAUUGGAGCUCUUUUCCCUUUUCCCCCCUUUUUUUUGCCCGUACCAGGUAGGAAUAGGCAGUUCAUUUUUUGUUUCUUUUAUUGAUUUAUCAAUGUCAUUUUGCUCUGCCAUUUUAAUUUAUUAAUGUCAUUUUUGCUUUUCUUAAGCAAUGCACUGUGUGUUUCUUUUAUUGAUUUUAUUAGAUUUUUAUAUGCAAAUGUGAAGAAUGCUAGAAUCUUGGUUUUAGGUUGGACCUGCUCUGGCAGGGACGCCUCUUUUGCCUUAUCGUUUCCUUGAGGACAUUUUUUAACGGGCACUGUAAACUGAAUUAUGAAGCUAAUAUAAAACUAGCAUGCAGCAAGACUUGAAUUUAAAAUUUAAAAUCAAAUCUCGGGUUUUAGAGUAUCUUUUAUAACACUUUUUUAAUUUUUGUAUAUCAAAAGUUAAUUUUUAGGUCUUUUGCUUAAUAAAAGAUUGUUUUACAA